CGCCGUUCAGCUUCAGCGUUCCUUGCUCCCUCCGAUCGAAUCUCGUCGUUGGGUCGCCUGCGAUCUGAAGCUGUUUCAGUUUUGAGCUCGCCAAUGUCGGAAUCUUUCAUGUUCGGACACUGAUGUCGUUGAAACCGAACGUGGGGACAUGGUCUUCGGAGCGCGGAACUUUUGAGAGAGUCGCAAUCGAGGAAGAGCAAGUAUGAUAGCCCUGCAGCGAGCGGCUAAAUCCAUCCACACAGCCGUCAGCGCCCCGCGCGUCUCUAAAUUCUCCCUCCACGCUCCUAAAUGUGUGGAGGUGGAAUUCACCAAUGGUAGCACAUUUAGGUUGUCUGCUGAGUUUCUCAGAAUUUGCAGUCCUGCUGCAGAUGGCAAGAUGAGGUCUGUAGGUGGUGAAAAGGUAAUAUUUGGACGUCGUCAUGUUGGAAUUAUGAAAGUCGAACCUAUAGGAAACUACGGGGUGAGGAUAAUUUUUGAUGACUUGCAUAAAACUGGCAUCUAUACAUGGGACUAUUUUUAUCAUCUUGGAAGCAACAAAUUUACCCUCAUGAGAGAUUACAUUAAUACACUGAAGAAGCAUGGACUUAGCCGGGAUCCUUCCAGAAGAAAAUGAUAGCGACUUAUCUUCUGUGGUUGUAACUGGUAGUUUACAUGUCUUCACAGGUAUCUGGAGUAGGUUCUUUCAGCUUGUGCUUCUCUGGCUUCUUGGUUGGUGUGGUAUUGAAGAUUUGAAGGCUUUUCAGAUUCGAGGGAAAAUCUCCCAGUUCUGGAUUUUAAAAAGAAGGCUUGAUAAUUGUUCUGAUUCAGUACGAUUCGAAUUAAAAACGGCUGUAGAUGAAAAUGGACCUCCUAGGAGCCAUGGAAGAUUUAAAGGGAUUGCAUUGGCAGAAGAGUUCAAGAAGAUCGAAUCAGAUGUAAUAAAAAUGAUGUCUUGUCUACGACCCCUGGUGAUAUCAUAGAAAAUUAUGUCUACAAUUGUUGCAAUUUGUGUACUAAUAGUCUCAAAUGCUAAUAUAGUUUUCGCAAGAGAA